AUGGGUCUUUUGUUGUUAAGAAUAGCUCUGUUGUCCACCGUGUUCCUCCUCUCACAGCAGCAACCUCCGUUGGACACCGGCGAACAGGAAGCGGUUUAUGAAGUGCUUAACUCUCUCAACCCCACCAUUCCCUGGCGCACCCUCUUCCCCGACGACCUCUGUCUCUCCGCCCCACACGGCGUCGUUUGCGACUGGGACACCACUCAACAGAUUGCACACGUUGUGGAGCUCAGCUUCGGUUACGUUUCUGAUGAAACUCCAAACCCACCUUGCUCCCUUAACGCAACCCUUAACCCUCUUCUCUUCACUUCAUUCAACUAUCUUCGCAAACUCUUCUUCUACAAAUGCUUCAACCACACAACAACACCCCUUUCCUUAGUUUCUCUUCUUCCUUCUUUUCCUCCAACUCUUGAGGAGCUUGUUUUCAUCGACAACCCAUCUUUGGUUGCGCCUUUUACUCACUUGCUUUCGAAUCUCACCUCUCUGAGGAGGCUUGUUUUGAUCGGAAACGGUUUUCACGGUGAAGUUCCACGUCACAUUGGUGGUUUGGUCAACUUGGAAGAGGUUACUCUCUCGAGAAACCACCUUGGAGGUGAGGUGAGUCCUAGUUUGGCAAUGCUGAAGAAUCUGAAGGUUCUUGACCUCAGUGAGAAUGAGUUUGAAGGGUGUGUCCCUGAAUCUCUGGGGAAUCUCACGGAGCUUUUGAAGCUUGAUAUGAGUUACAACGGGUUUGGUUGUAAGAUCCCUGAGAGUUUGAGAAACUUGCAAAAGCUUGAGUUUUUGGACCUCAGCUUCAACAGUUUUGGUAAUUUUGGGGUCCCUUUGUUCCUGGGAGAGAUUCCAAGAUUGAAGGAAGUGUACCUCAGUGGGAAUUCACUUUCUGGGAAGAUUCCAGAAAUAUGGGAAAAUCUUGGUGGUGUGAUAAAAAUGGGAUUUUCAGACAUGGGUUUGGUUGGGAAUAUCCCUGCCUCAAUGGGGGUUUAUCUGAGGAACUUGUCUUAUCUUGGGCUUGAUAACAACAUGCUUGAAGGGCCUGUUCCUGAGGAGUUUGCACUUCUUGAAUUUGCUGAUGAGAUCAACUUGGAGAACAACAAUUUGAGUGGUAGAAUCCCAUUCUCAAACAAAGUUGGAGGGAAGCUCAAGUUAGGAGGGAAUAGAGGACUCUGUGUGGACAACAAAUUUAGGUGUAUUCAGAACGGAGGCAUCUUGGGUCAACUUAAGCCCUGCAAAAAAGCAGAUGUUCCUGAUGCUGUCCUUUUCAAUGGGGUUUCUUUGAUGCUUUUUGAUCCUCUUAUGUUGGUCAUGUCGCUGGGGUUGUUGUUUGUCUUUACGGGAUUUUGA